GUGCUGAUGAGUGGGGGGCUGCUUGUGCUGCGUACAGGAGGAGCCAGCCUGCACGAUGUGCAGCUGCUGAUGCGUGAUGUGCAGGGGCAGCAGGGGCAGCAGGGGCAAAAGGUCCAGCCUGAGUCACGUACGUUGUAAACGACCGUACCACGCAGCUCUGCAUGCAUGCCGCUUCGUCGCGAAGAUGCGUGCAUCCAUCCGCCUCUUUCAUGCGGCGUGUGCAUGCAUGCAUCAUCGACAAGCUUUGCGGCACAGCCUUCUCUCUCACUCACAAUCCGAGACGCAUCAGACUGCUGCUGCUUCCCCUCGUCAUGCUGCCUUCGCGCAAUCACCGCAUACGAGCUGUAACGCCGAACGUGUCCUUCUGCGGUCCCUUCUCGCGCUCACGAGAAUCGCAAUCGUGAAUCAACUAAAUCUCGAUCACAGAGUGACGGAUGCUGUGAAGGCUGUACAAUGGCCUUGCUGUCACGAGUAUAUGUUGCUUCCGGUCCCCAUCUACGACAACGAUCUACAGCAACAACCACCUCUGACUUCUUCAGCUUCAGCUCCCUGACACACCGCCAUUGCGCGGACAACACACAUCACCAAAUCACAAGUAGUCUUUCGAUUUCCUGCGCUCGUGCAGCUUGAAGCCAGCCAUCCACUCCACUCGCUCGCACAUUCGAUCGGCUCUCUGCACACGCGGUAUCGGCCCUACCCCUCCUGCUGCACGCCAUCUAGCCCUCGUCUUCGUAAGCAAUAGCUAUACCUUGCUCCCGAUCACUCGUCAUGUCGGACGCUGCUCUUGACGGCGUGCCUUCACUGGGCGGCUCGCCCGUCAUCUUCAUCGGGGUCAUUGCAGCGAUAGCAUGUGUCGUGGUCGUCGCUGCAGUGUUGAUCUGCCUCUAGUAAGUCGAGAUAGCUGAGUAUCGCGGCCAUG